GCCCCUAAACCUACCACAAACCUUUCUACGGCCUCCUUGCUUGGGGAGGAACAGUGGCGGCGGAAGGAUGGACCCUGCUACUGUUGGCGGUUUCUCCCAGGAGCAGUUCCGGGAGGCCUGUGCUGAGCUCCAUCAGCCCGCGCUGGCCGGCGCCGACUGGCAGCUGUUGGUGGAGACCUCGGGGAUCAGCAUCUACCGGCUGCUGGACCAGCAGACUGGACUCUAUGAGUACAAAGUGUUUGGUGUUCUGGCGGAUUGCCCACCGGAUGUGUUUGCAGAUGUCUACAUGGACUUGGACUACAGAAAACAGUGGGACCAAUAUGUCAAAGAACUCUAUGAAAAGGAAUGUGGCAGCGAGACCGUGGUCUACUGGGAGGUGAAGUACCCUUUCCCCAUGUCCAACAGGGACUACGUCUACGUCCGGCAGCGGCAAGAGCUGGACGUGGAAGGACGGAAGAUCUGUGUGGUCCUGGCUCAGAGCGUCUCCGUGCCACAGUUUGCGGAGAGGCCGGGUGUGAUCCGAGUGAAGGGGUACAAGCAGAGCCUGGCGAUUGAGAGCGAUGGCAAGAAGGGGAGCAAAGUUUUCAUGUAUUACUUCGAUAACCCGGGUGGCCAAAUUCCGUCCUGGCUCAUUAACUGGGCUGCCAAGAAUGGAGUUCCUAACUUCUUGAAAGACAUGGCGAAAGCCUGUCAGGCCUACCUCAAAAAAACCUAAGGAGAACUGGGAACCCUGUGCCCACGGACCGAUGUCUUCAGAAGUGCCACAACCCGAGGACGUUGCCCUUCCUUUCACUUUUCCACCUUCAGAGGCUGGCACACUCUCCCUCCAGCAUGCCGGCCCCGAGCACAUGUGCCCAACACCCAGCUUCCUGUCCCACUCUGUCUGCCCUGGGACCCCACUGCCUUCUUUCACUGCUGAAUAUGGGUCAUAUUAGGGAAACUUCUGCUUGUUUGUUUUUCAAAAAGGAAGUCCUUAGUAGCGAACACGAUCAUGCCAUUGCGCCCUUUGAAGGGGACGGGUGGGUGGAGGAGUGACAACAUCAUGUAGGGCAGGAAUGACCUCUCCAGGCCAGCUGGCUCCUGCCCCGGAUGUGAUUCCUGGUGACUCAGGAGGGGCUGCUAGAAGUUACAUUCCCUUCAGAGCUGACACUCAGUGUACCAGGCCCAGGGGACUGUGCUGAUGUCUAUUUGCCUUAAGCUUUGGUGACUUGAUUUAGCUGGGAUUUGAGGUGAUAAUCCGGUAAGUCUCUGCUCAUUCUCACUCCUGGAGGAUCUCAUGGUGUUUUAAUUUCAAAGUAAAAAAACAAAACAGUGUAAUCCUAACUAAGCACAUAAUGUGAUAACCGCUUUUCUCUCAUCGUCUGCGUCUGGGUGUCUCUCCAUCCAGUCUGCCACUGAAGGAAGGUUUCUUUAAUGUCACUAGCUCUGCAUUCUACUGGAAACUGGGGCAUCAGGAUGGCUCUGGUAGUCCCAAAAGCCAAGGACACACAGCACUUCGAUCAGAUGUCCUUAUAUUCAGUAAGAUAAGUUUCCCUUCUAGAGUCUCUGGAGGUGUCGAAGGGAUAAUCGUCACAGCCGGGGAAAUAUUAAUUAGUGGCUGGAUUGAGUCUGCACUUUUUUUCUCAGGAAUUUUACUGAAGUUGUCCACCUCUUCCACCACCAAAAAACUUCUAGUUUCCUAUUUUCUCCUGAAGGGCAAGAUAUUCUGUGACACAGCCUUGACGAUCUCAGGGAAAAAUUUUAACCAUGGUGUGUGACAGUAUCAAACCUUGAUAAGUGGGCAGAGAAAUUCAGGAUGUAGAGCUAGAAGCAAGAAAGUUAUUAAAAGGGGAUACCUCAAACUGUAUUUUCUCUCUGGGAAGGAAAGUUAUUGAAUACCAAAUAAAUACAGAGUGACUUCUA